AAGGCCUCAGGCCCAACGGCCUGGCGGGAUGAAGAGAGGAUCUGCUGCCCUGCGGGAUGGGGUCGGACGGCUCCCUUGCCCCCAUCCUGUGUCUUCUUGAGCGACAAGGUUUCAUUUCACCAGAGCAAGGCCGUAGGCAGACUGCCAUCGGGAGCCAGCGGCCGACCUUGGAGGGGUGGAGCCAGUGUUUUGGAAUGCCCCAACUUGUUAUGAGAGGAAUGAAGUGUUUAAUAGGCAUUUAUUGAAUGCCCACUACUCCCAGUCUUCGUGCGAAGAGCUGUGGGGGAUGCGGUGGUAAGACACUGCCGUCCCAUCUUCUCCUGUUUGGAGGACAGAUUUGUAUGUAAAUAAUAAAAGGCAGUGAAUUAAGGGGAGUUGAAGGUUAGUUUUUUCCUUUCAUAAUGGUCAUUUUUUUAAAGUCAGCAUUCUGGAAUAGUGAAGGAUAUUGUGGAAACUAAUUUGCUGAACAGAAAGCAAAUCCUAAAUAAUUUGGAGGAAAAAUUUUAGGUGAAAGCACAGUAAAGUUGAUUACUAAGUAGUAUCUUCUGACUCUAGUUAACUUGAAUUAAUAGAAGAAACUCUUCACCUUCAAAUAUUGAAGCAAAAAUAUUCCAAAACAUGUUCUCAUAUUUUUCACCUGUAUUAAGUAGAAGACAUUACGGGCUUUUCUUUAGAGAUUGAAGAGAAUGCUGUGCCUUAGUCAUUAAGUCGUUGGUAAUUUGUUGUCCUAGUAUGGGCUGUUGUGCCUUAGACGUAAAAGGCUGGGCAGAACUUGCUUUUCAUUUGCCUAAACUCUUGUGAUUUCUGUGGGGACGGUGGUUGGCAGUAAGCUAAUAGUUCAGAGGGAAAAGACCAGAUGGGAAGAAGACAAGGAAUUUUAGAGAAAAGCCCCUAAGCCAAAGGAAACCAUUCACUCUUCCUUUUAAACCUUCUGGAAAUCUCAUCAAAUUUGGGAAGAUUGACCUGGCCACCACAGCCAGCUUGGUGACUUUACAGGUUAAGACUACUUGGGUGGAGACCUGUUCUGGGCCCUUGGGUUUUGCUGAAUAAACAGAUUCUUUUUUUGAAGAGUCCUGAAGUCAACCCAUUUACUAGAGGUUUGCCCCUUUUCCCUAAAAGUUGUGUCAAAACAUAACUUUUAGUUAGCUGAGGAUGCUGGCAAGCUGGAUUUUGGUUAAUUGAUAUGUCUCUAGCAGAAUUCUGAAAAUGGUAAGAUUUGGAGGAAAGGCAUCUUACAAACUUAGGAGUGGACGCUCUCAAAAGAGACUCACAAGACUGUCCCCAAAGUGGAAUUAAUAAAAAAUCACUGGGAUAUCAAAUAGUACUUAAAGAACUCAGCAUGAAUUAUAUCGAAUUGGAGACUUUAAAAUAUCUUGUGUUCAGUGAAAUUGACAAAACCUGGUGUAGUGCUGACAGAGAAUCUUGAAUCUGGCUCACAUUCGUUUUGGAAAUGGAAAAAAGAACCGAAGGAUCAUGGAUUUUCCUGGUCACUUUGAACAAAUCUUCCAGCAGCUGAACUACCAGAGACUUCAUGGCCAGCUCUGUGAUUGUGUCAUUGUAGUGGGGAAUAGACACUUUAAAGCCCACCGCUCCGUGCUGGCAGCAUGCAGCACGCAUUUCCGAGCCCUGUUCUCAGUGGCAGAAGGAGAUCAGACCAUGAACAUGAUCCAGCUGGAUAGCGAGGUGGUGACAGCAGAGGCCUUUGCUGCACUGAUUGACAUGAUGUAUACCUCCACCCUCAUGCUGGGGGAGAGCAAUGUUAUGGAUGUCUUAUUGGCAGCCUCUCACCUGCAUUUGAACUCUGUUGUUAAGGCAUGUAAACAUUACUUAACGACAAGGACGCUGCCCAUGUCUCCCCCCAGUGAGCGCGUUCAGGAGCAGAGCGCCCGCAUGCAGCGCUCCUUUAUGCUACAGCAGCUGGGACUAAGCAUCGUGAGCUCAGCCCUCAAUUCCAGCCAGAAUGGCGAGGAGCAGCCAGCCCCCAUGAGCUCUUCUAUGCGCAGUAACCUGGAUCAGCGCACGCCCUUCCCCAUGAGACGCCUUCAUAAGCGCAAGCAGUCUGCAGAGGAGCGGGCCAGGCAGCGCCUCCGACCCUCCAUGGAUGAGUCUGCCAUUUCAGAUGUUACACCGGAGAAUGGGCCUUCAGGGGUUCAUUCUCGGGAGGAGUUCUUUUCACCAGAUUCUCUGAAAAUUGUGGAUAAUCCUAAAGCUGAUGGAAUGACUGAUAACCAGGAAGACAGUGCGAUCAUGUUUGAUCAGUCUUUUGGCACUCAAGAAGAUGCCCAGGUGCCUAGCCAGUCUGAUAACAGUGCUGGCAACAUGGCACAGUUGUCCAUGGCCUCUCGUGCAACUCAGGUUGAGACUAGUUUUGAUCAGGAAGCUGCAACUGAGAAAAGUAGUUUUCAGUGUGAAAAUCCUGAGGUUGGCCUUGGUGAGAAGGAGCACAUGAGAGUGGUGGUUAAAUCGGAACCCCUGAGCUCGCCUGAGCCUCAGGAUGAAGUGAGUGAUGUGACCUCACAAGCAGAAGGCAGCGAGUCUGUGGAAGUGGAAGGAGUUGUGGUCAGUGCCGAGAAGAUAGACCUCAGCCCUGAAAGCAGUGAUAGGAGUUUUUCAGAUCCCCAGUCUAGCACAGACAGGGUAGGUGAUAUCCAUAUUUUGGAAGUCACAAAUAACCUAGAGCAUAAGUCCACUUUUAGUAUUUCAAAUUUUCUUAACAAGAGCAGAGGAAAUAACUUCACUGCAAAUCAGAACAAUGAUGAUAAUAUUCCAAACACCACUAGUGACUGCAGGCUGGAGAGUGAGGCCCCCUAUUUGUUGAGUCCAGAGGCUGGGCCUGCAGGUGGGCCCUCCUCUGCCCCUGGCUCCCAUGUAGAGAACCCAUUUAGUGAACCUGCAGACUCCCACUUCGUCAGGCCUAUGCAGGAGGUGAUAGGCCUGCCGUGUGUGCAGACUUCAGGCUACCAAGGAGAACAGUUUGGGAUGGACUUUUCCAGGUCUGGUUUGGGCCUCCACUCCUCCUUCUCCAGGGUAAUGAUAGGUUCCCCAAGGGGAGGAGCCAGUAACUUUCCAUACUACCGCCGCAUAGCUCCCAAAAUGCCAGUUGUAACUUCCGUCAGGAGCUCACAGAUCCCAGAAAAUUCUACCAGUUCCCAGCUAAUGAUGAAUGGAGCUACGUCCUCAUUUGAAAAUGGCCAUCCUUCCCAGCCUGGCCCUCCACAGUUGACCAGGGCAUCUGCAGAUGUUCUGUCAAAGUGCAAGAAGGCCUUAUCAGAGCACAAUGUUUUGGUUGUAGAGGGAGCUCGCAAGUAUGCCUGCAAAAUCUGCUGCAAAACUUUUCUGACUUUGACAGAUUGCAAGAAGCACAUCCGUGUUCACACAGGUGAAAAGCCUUACGCCUGCCUGAAGUGUGGCAAGAGGUUUAGUCAGUCCAGCCACCUGUAUAAGCACUCAAAGACUACCUGCCUGCGCUGGCAGAGCAGCAAUCUUCCCAGCACUUUGCUCUAGCUGUUUGUCCUUACAAGACAACGCUGAGGCCAGUUGUCGGACUGAAUUUCUUUUGGUAAGCAGUUAAUGCCUUGGGGUUCGAGGCUUCCAGCUGCCCAGUGGCUCUUAAACAGUUUAGCAACUAAUAACCGGAGAAGUAACAUGUAGUAUUUGUGCUGCUGCAUUUCUGAGUGAAGUGCACGUCUUGGGAAAGGGAUGCAAUCCCUGAAACCAGGUUCUUCCUUAGGGUUGAGUAAUGCAGUCAGAAAGUAGUUUGCAAUUGAGGUUAAAAGUGGCACAUUUAAAAAUUUAAAAAUUGAAGUGCAAAAAAAAUUUUUUAGCAAUUUUUAUAAAACUGUGUAGCAUUUAAAUCUCCUAUACCUUCUGAUGGGAUUAUAUCCCUGUACAGUGAUGCAAAAUGCACUUAUGUGUAACCAGUGGUGAUUUGGUGCCUGUCUUAAAGGAAGGCCUUUGAGGACACACCUGUCUGCCACAAAUGCUUUAAAGUGUAUCAUGAGCUAGUCCUAGACCUCAGAAAGUACUGUAUUUUUUUUUUUACCUGAUUUGCAGUCAUAGACACUGCACUUUGGUGCUGACACUGGGUCAAGAGUGAGCAUUCUCUUGGACUGUUAGAUGUAUAUACUUUUGAAUACAUCACUGUUGGAUAGAUGUUUUAACAGUUUUUUCUGGUUUAAAAACCACAUUGUAAAUGGAGUAUGUACUUGUAGAGAGUGACAAGGUAUUGUUUCCCUAUGUGCUGUUUGAGCAGUAUUUUAACCAACUUGUACUACAGAUGUUACAGUUCCACGUUAGGAAGUCAGAAAAGAGCUUGUGUUUGUCUUUGUUCUGAUGAUGUGGAGUCAUGUUUUGUGGAGUCUUCCAUGGCACAUUUACCUGUUGCUCCAUCCAGAUGUUGAGGGCCAGUCUAGGCUGACACAUCCUACCCGAGGACAAGCCUGUUCUCCAUUUCUUCUCUCCCCUCCCCAUAUAGCAGCUCUCCCAGGUUUAGAUUACUGUUUUCGAUGACAGAUUAACCAAAAAUGCCCCACCUGGGUUUUAUUACUGUUAUAUACUAUACUUUAACAGUACAGACCCUAAAUUUUAUUAUUUGUUGCUCCCCCAAUCUGAUACCAAAUGUUUAAAAUUGUUUGAAACCCAAACAUGCUAGUCUUCAUGGGUAAAUAUUUUCUAGGCUAUAUAAGAGUUGGCAGCCCAUAGCACAGAAGUAAUCAAGUAGCAUCUGAGACUGUUGGAGGCACUCGGGUCACUGCCCAGGGCCCCUCUGGGCCCUACAGCCUCACUUCCCCAGCCUCACCUUGCUGUCCUCUGACACUGUGCCAUCGGGGCUGUUAGUGGCACCUGUAUGAGGCCAAGUGUACGUCCAGGGGAACAGCACAGGUUAAUGCGUCUCCCUAGAACUCAUGAAGUCAGUUUAAUUCAUGCAUGAACAUGAGUUCAUUUUAUUUUAUAUAGCUUUUUUAGACAUACCAAACCAUCAUGCAUAAAUCAGAUAAAUUAUUCAGUUUUUGUGUUUAGAAAGCUAAGUAUGUGUAGCUGGAAACAAAAAUGAGCGUGUUUUCUCUCCUGUUAAUCUAGUGUGCAGUUAUACAUGUGUGGAUAAUUUCAUGUUCCAGGGGGGCUUGGCAUCUCCCAUGGACCGAUUCCCAGGAAGAAAAGCCCAAAGGGAAACCCGUGAUUCCUUUCAAGUAGAUGUGGGAAAGAGCCCACUGGAGGAUAUGAGGUCCUGUGAAAUUCAACAACUGUGUGUGUGGCUCCUUGUUAGCAGUCAUGUUGACAUGGUGUUAGGAGGCUCCCCAUCCACCUUUUACAUGAUGUAGGGACCAGUGUCUUGUGAGAUUAACUUUGGGACACAGUGGGUUAGCCUGGAGAAAACGAGGCCCCGCCCGGACCCAGGGAGAGGAGCCAGUGACACAGGCAGAGCGGUGCAGCCUUCCUUACUUUCCAUUUGGAGGAGGUGGUGCCAGGAGCCUGCCCGCUCACCUCUGCUGAAGCAUAAGUGGACUUUGCUUUUGGGGCUUAUCUCUGAUACAUGCCUCUCCACUGCUAGAUGGAACCUGGAAUCUCUCAUCUACCUCUUAGUCGGUCAGUUUCUACGUGUGAGAAGCAAGCUUGUGGGCCAGUGUCCUUGUACAUGCUGUAGCACUUAAAAAAUAAUUCCAGGGUUCCCUGGAAAACCAGUCCCAGGGUUCCUAUGAUCUGUAGUUUCUACCUGGAUUAUAACUGGUUUUGGGUACCUGAAUUUUGAUUGGUUAGCCUUAAUUAUAGUCUGGUGUGAUCAUGUAGAAUCUUUUCUGGUGAACAGAUCAUAAAGUUCUAUCAAGGCAUCCAUGUCAGUGGUGCUAUGCUGGUUACAACUUGAGAUUUUUGAAAUAAAAAAUUUGUCAUAUUCAUGCCUCUAAA